CUCCAUAAAUGGCUGCUGAAUAAAGUGAGUGAAUGUCAGAGAAGGGACUCACUACUGCAUCUUGCUUUCCCUACCAGCAACCCCCUUGGGCAACGUGGAGGAAUGCUACCACUACUUCACCAGUCUUCUUUUUUGCCAUGGAGUCAGGCGGCCCCCUUUCAGCAUUGACCUCUUUGAGGAGGAAAAGCUGCUGGCCUUGGCAGACUAUGUGGUCAACACCUACUUCCGCCACUUCAAGCUCUACAAAUAUGUCUUCACACCCCAGGUGCGGCUGGAUCUAUCCUUGACUUACAUAGGGCUACAGCCACCCAAGCACUGGCCAGAGGGUAAGAUGGAGAAAGAAGAAAGCAAGGAGAUGAAGGAGGAGACAGUCACUUCACAGGAGGAGGAGGAGGAACUGGAGACAGUGGCUCAGCCUGAGCAAGAGCCAAGCCAGAUCCACAUCCUCCGAGCCUACAUCAAGACCCAACUGAACCAGGAGCUGAAGCAGCUCCAACAGCUGGUGGAGGAGCAGCUCAAGGCCAGCGAAGAAAGGCUCAGCAGCAAGUUGACUGCACUGGAGCAGACCUUGCAGCUACAUCCGGGCAAAGGCAAGAACAAGACUAAGUGAUCACCAGCAUUUCCCCUAAUAAAGAUCUGGGCCAGAGUAGCCCAUCCCUGC